UCCUUGCUUCAUCAUCAUCAUCAUCAUCAUCAUCAUCUAUCUGGCUAAUGCUGUGUUUCCUGCUCAGUGUCUUCCUGCUGCUGUCCUCAGGGGUCCAUGGCCAAGGUCGUCUUAAGCUGACGGUCCUGUCUGAGGACAGACUGCAGAUGAAAUGGAAGGAGGCCAACGGACCCGUUCAGGGCUACAAGGUCCGAGUGAGACCCAUCUCAGAGGUGCCACAGCCCGAGCUGAUGCUGACCACCACGCGGGGCCGGGCGACGGUCGCAGGACUGGACUCCGGUCAGGAAUACGCCCUCCAAGUCCUCGUGCUCAACGGGACGACAGAGAAACUUCUCGCAAAGCGGCGAUUCACCAUGGAGGGUCUGCGGGAGGAGGAAACGAUCCGCAGCGGUAGUAAGAGGAAGAAGACGCUGCCGGGCGGGUCAGGGUCAGGAGACCCGGAUGAUGUGACGGAGGCUGUGUCGGGCCUGCCGACGGUUCUGUAUCCGGACCCCACCACUACCACCACUACCACCGCCUCCACCACCACUGCUGCUGCCGCUACUACAGAGCCCCCAGCAAUAGAAACCCCCUCUCAGCCCCCUGACGAGGCCCAAGAGAAAACCACCAAAGAGAAGAGGAAGAGGAAGAAGGACAAAGAGCGUGAUCGUUCUAAAGUGGAGAAUAAGGAGGAGCAGGGCACGACGCAGGGCAAAGCAGCCGAGGACAAACCCCGGAAGACACCCUUCCCUACCCAACCGGUGACAGGUGUGUCUCCAAGGAAACCAUUCGAGUGUGACAGCGGUGCAGCGGCGGACAUCAUGUUGUUGGUGGACGGCUCCUGGAGCAUCGGGCGCACCAACUUCAGACGGGUCCGAGACUUCUUGGAGGGCCUGAUGACGCCCUUCCACAUCGGGCCAGACCACAUUCAGAUCGGUCUGACCCAGUACAGCGGGGACCCUCGCACGGAGUGGCAGCUCAACAACUUCACUACCAAAGACCAGCUGUUGGAGGCAGUGAGGAAUUUCAGAUACAAGGGAGGAAACACAUUUACAGGCCAGGCGCUGCUCCACGUCAUGGAGGAGAACAUGCAAACCAAGGCGGGCGCGAGGUCGGACACACCCUUUUUCCUCGUCUUGUUGACCGAUGGGAAAUCUCAGGACGACGCCAUCGCCGCGGCAAACCGGCUGAAGAGCGCCGGCGUGGAGAUCAUCGCUGUAGGUGUAAAGAAUGCCGAUGAGGCCGAGUUGAGACAAGUGGCGUCGGAGCCGGUGGAUCUGAACGUCUACAACGUCAACGACUUCCCCCUGCUCAGCAAGCUGGUGGCACGACUGGUUCACAUCCUGUGUGGGAAGAUAAAGGAGCGUGGCAUCUCAAAACGUAUUAGGUUUUUCAAAUCCUAAAUAUCUUGUUCCUCGUUGCUGCGUCUCCAGGAAUGGAGCCUGGG